AUGACCACAGAAAAGGAUAGUAAUAGCACAUUGUUCACACAUGGUACUCGCACUAAUUAUAGUUCUAUUACUGAUCAACAGCAAGAAACUAAACAUCUUUCAGCAUGGCAUGUUUUUAAACGACAUUUACCAAAUCUCCUUCUUACACUUAUUAUGGAUAUUUUAUUACCAAUUUUAUUCUAUUUUCUUCUUCGUCUCUACAUUGGCUCCACUUACGCUCUGUUGGUAGCAGCCUGUCCACCACUAAUCAUGAUUAUAAUCAAAGCUCUUUGGGCACGUACAUUUGAUGUUAUUGGUUUCGUUGUUAUCACAGAACUAGUUAUUUCUGCAAUUAUCACAGCUGCCACACAUCAUCCACGAAUAAGAAUUCUUAAAAGACCGUGUGCUGCAGUUGUGUUAUUCAUAGCUUUUAUUUUUACACUCAUACCGAUCAAAACUAAACAAUUCAGAUUAAAACCAAUCGUCUUCUAUUUCUAUGUCGAACUGUUACCAGUGGAAAAGAGCCAAAUUAGAACUGAACAACCAUUAGAAGUGGAUUUUAUAAAAGAUGAUGCCACACCUAUUAAAUCUGAAAAAUGUAUUUCACAAGUAUACGACUGGAUCUACGAUAAUUGUCCUAAUUUUCGUUUUUGUUGUUACGAGCUGACCAUAUUGUGGACAAUUGGUUUUCUUCUAGAAGCUAGUGGUAGUUUUGCUGUUUAUUUUUCGACUUUGACGUUCAAUGAAGCUAUUCUGUGCAUACAUUCGAUUGUGGCGGUUAUAGGAGGUCUUUGUGCAUUAAUUACAUUGGUACUAAUCGUUUUUGAACGAAAAGAAACAAUGAAACAAAUAUCGAAAAAUAUUGAAAAUGGUUAUUUAUUUAUCCGUUCUGUUAAUAAUCAAACGGCUCAGUCUUUAUAUACUAUGAUGUAUGGUAAUUUUACAGCUGAAUGGGAAGACUUUAAUCCACUAGAUUGCGACAUUACUACGGUAGCUUUUGAAACAUCAAGUACAACAACAACAACAACGGCGACAACAACAACAACGACAACAACAACACCAACAACAACAAUAACAGAAACAACAGAACUAGGUAAAAGAAUUAUUUAG